AUGUCUUUACGACGACCCCGCAAGAGGACUACACGUAAAUGGCUGACUAUUCAAGGAAAUAAAAAACGGGAGCUUCAUCCAUCGUUUGGUAAUCAUAGGUUAUGCGAUCAUUUCUAUGCGACGAGAUCGAAGAGUCAACGAAAUACAAUCACAGUACCAGACUCGAAUGAAUCAUUGGUUAUUUCAAAACAAUCAUCGGAUAGCAGUAUUAUUUAUUUGGGAACUUUUCGAAACGUUCCCGAAUUAAUAAAUUUAGAAGACAGCAAUGACGAUUAUCAGGAGCAGGUAGCCAAACCGGAUGAUAUCCAAUCUCCAAGCUUCGUGAUACAGUGCAACAAAAUUGAAAAUUCAACAGACUAGUCGUCCAUUUAAGAGGUAAAUAGGUGGCUGCUAGAAAUCUUCCCGAGGAGGAAUACACAUUCUC